CUCUCUCACACACAGACAAACACACGCACACGCACACACAGUUCAUUCGCAUUGUGGAGUCAACAGUACAGUUCGCCGGCGGAGUAGCUGCAAGAAGAAGAUGAACACCGACAUAACAGCGUCGGCCAAGCCGGAGUACCCGGUGAUAGAUCGGAACCCACCCUUCACAAAGACCGUAGCCAACUUCAACACCCUCGAUUACCUUCGCCUAGUCACCAUCACCGGCGUCUCCAUCACCGUCGGCUACCUCUCUGGAAUCAAGCCAGGUAUAAGGGGUCCAUCGAUGGUGACAGGGGGUCUGAUCGGAGUCAUGGGAGGGUUCAUGUACGCAUACCAGAACUCUGCUGGGAGGCUCAUGGGUUUCUUCCCCAAUGACGGUGAGGUGGCUCAGUACAAGAAAGAGAAGAUUCCUUUUUAGGGUAUUUGUGAUUUCCAUUUGGUAGACAAACUAAAAAAAAAAAUAGACCUUUUGGGUGUUCGAUGUUGCUGUAUGAGGCUGUUGGGAAUUCUAUUAAUAAUCAUAUUUGCUGUUCUCGUUAUAUGAUUUCCCUUGAAUUUGCUAUAUGAUUUCCUUUGAAUUUGCACUAUGUUCAGCUGAGAUAGUUUUUGCCUAAAUCUGGUUUUGUUCAAAUAGUUGUUCAUUGCUUUUUCUCCCUACGUCUCAUUGCGGUAUUUGAAUGCUGUUCUCUAG